CCCAACUCGGAGAAACCGAAGCAAGUCUGACUCACUGAGUCAUCGCCGAGUCAACUCUUCGUCUCCGCCAUGGCUGCUGCUUCACUCCACACCUCAAUCUCUCCACGUAGCUUCCUUCCUCUCUCUAAACCGUCUCUGAAACCUCACCGUUCCCAAAUUCUCCUGAGAAACAAACAGAAGAAUUGCGUUUCGUGCGCGUUGAUCCGUGACGAAAUCGACGUGAUUCCGGUUCAGAGCCGAGAUCGGACCGACCACGAGGAAGGUUCGGUGGUGGUGAUGAGUACUGAGACGGAGAUAGAUGUUAACGAAUCGGUGCUUGUAGGGUUUAGUGCUGCAACGAGCGAAGGUCAGCUUUCGUUGGAAGGGUUUCCUUCUUCGGGAGCUGAUUUAGGAGAUGAGAAGAGAAGAGAGAACGAAGAAAUGGAGAAGAUGAUCGAUCGAACCAUUAACGCUACGAUUGUUUUAGCUGCUGGUUCUUACGCCAUUACCAAAUUGCUCACUAUUGAUCAUGAUUAUUGGCAUGGUUGGACACUGUUUGAAAUUCUAAGAUAUGCGCCUCAACAUAACUGGAUUGCUUACGAAGAAGCGUUAAAGCAAAACCCGGUUCUGGCGAAAAUGGUCAUAAGUGGAGUUGUCUACUCUGUAGGAGAUUGGAUAGCUCAGUGUUACGAAGGCAAACCGCUAUUUGAAAUUGAUCGAGCAAGAACAUUGAGAUCAGGACUAGUGGGUUUUACUCUCCAUGGCUCGUUGUCUCAUUUCUAUUACCAGUUCUGUGAAGAGCUUUUCCCUUUUCAAGAUUGGUGGGUGGUUCCUGUGAAAGUUGUCUUUGAUCAAACAGUAUGGUCGGCUAUAUGGAAUAGUAUUUACUUCACGGUUCUUGGGUUUCUUCGUUUUGAAUCGCCUCUCAGCAUCUUCAAAGAACUAAAAGCUACGUUCUUACCUAUGUUAACAGCAGGUUGGAAGCUUUGGCCAUUUGCUCAUUUGAUCACAUACGGUUUGGUCCCUGUAGAACAACGACUUCUCUGGGUAGAUUGCGUGGAGCUUAUUUGGGUCACUAUACUUUCGACUUACUCGAACGAGAAAUCAGAAGCUAGAAUCUCGGAAUCCGUCAUCGAAAUCUCUUCUAGUUCUACUACAUCUAUUGAUCCCUCAAAGGAAUGAGAAAGCAGGAAAGCCAAAUCAGGUCUAAUCAGCUUCAUAUUGUAUAUAUACACAGAGUUUAAGCCAACAGAGUGGCUGGAGAUUUGAGAUUGAUACAGAGGAGAUGAAGAUAUUCAAAUGGAUGUAUCUCUUAAUGUGUAAGAAAAAUAACCAGAAUCUUGAAUACACAAGAGAAACAUUUAUUUGAUCCUUAAAUUACAGCUUAAUAAACAGAUCACAGUGCU